AUGACAUCUACAAGCGGAACCGCAGUCCUUCUCAUUGAUCCUUACAACGACUUCAUUCACCCUGAGGGUAAAUGGUACGGUAACGUGAAAGAGAGCUUGGAGGCUACGGAAACAGUAAAGCAUAUGCGGCGACUGAUCCAAGCUGCAAGAGCCGCGCAUAUUCCCAUCUACUAUUGCUUGCACCAGCAGUAUAAACCGGGCAAUUAUGAUGGAUGGAACCGUAUGACGUCGUAUCACAUAGGGAUGAAAGAAGGCCGUGUGAUUGAGGAAGGUAGCUGGGGAGCGCAGAUUUAUGAAGGAAUGGAGCCUGAUCUUGCGAACGGCGAUGUUGUCGUAUCAAAGCACUGGAACGCUAGUUCAUUUCAGAACACCGACCUGGACUACUUACUGCAUCAACGCGACAUCACUAAAUUAGUCUGCGCGGGUAUGACCAGUAACCAGUGCCUGGAAUGCACAGCGCGGUAUGGCAAAGAGCUGGGAUAUGAUGUGACUCUGCUUUCCAAUGCGACGGCUGGUUUCACAAUUGAACAAAAGGAUGCAGCUGUCAAUUUGAUCUGGUCUCUGCUCGUUGAGCGCGUCAUGACCGUCGAAGAAUGGGCUGAUAGUAUUGGCGCGCCAAAGCAAUGA